UGGUUAUGUUAGGUUAUAAAUUUAUGUCAAUUGUGUUUGUUUGGUAUUUUGGCUAAUUAAGAAUUUACGAUAGAUAUUUAUUAUAAUUUUUUGUUGAAGUUAUUGCCAAAAUUUUCAAUUUGAAUCAGAAAUUUAGUAAAAUAUAAUUGACUAUUAAUUGUUUGGCUUUACUUUACAUAUUUUAUAACCAUGGCAGACGACGCUGAUGCUGUGGCGGUAAUGACAGUGAAGGAACCUUUGGAUUUAAUCAGGCUUAGUCUAGAUGAAAGAAUUUAUGUAAAAAUGCGAAAUGAACGCGAAUUACGUGGGAAACUACAUGCUUAUGAUCAACAUUUAAAUAUGGUAUUGGGUGAUGCUGAGGAAACCAUAACCACAGUUGAAAUUGAUGAAGAAACAUAUGAAGAAGUAUACAGAUCCACCAAAAGGAAUAUCCCUAUGUUAUUUGUAAGAGGUGAUGGGGUUAUACUAGUAUCUCCACCAGUGAGAGUUGGUGUGUAGGUCUAAGAAAAUAAAAUAAAAUAAUUUUAAGCAAA